AUGAAUACCCAAGAAAAAAUUAUUUGGAAGUUCUGCCAGCCAUCAAUCCUGCGCGCAAAUGAUCACCCUGAUUUCUACAGACGUGAACCUCUAAGUUGGGGUGUUGAUGAGGCGAUGAAUGGAAAGUCAAGGCACUUGGAAGUAUACACGAAGGAACAUCCACCGUCUCCGAGGAGAUAUGUGGGCUUCUUCACCCACGAACAUGGGGACAAAGUCCUGAUCAAACUCCGCUGUGUUAAAAGGUGCCGUGACAUGGAUCUGGCGAAUCACUCCACCUUGUGGAGUCGAGGGCUGGAAAGGAACUGCUGGUCUAGCUGUCUUCGGUCCCACAGGGAUUUUCUCAAGCUCGCACUGCACCAAUGGCUCCGAGAAACUUCGCUCGAAAAGAGUGCCUGGGGUCAAGAACCCAGUCCAGAAUGUCCUGGGCAAUCCUUGGAGCAGCAUGGUCGGGAGGCGCCGAGCGAAGAAUCACAGGUUGUUGGGAAGUGGAAAGGACACCUUUACGGUUCAAAUGGAUAA